AUGAAUGCAAGAGAGGUAGGCUUAGGAGUAGUUCUAAUCACGCUAGAAGAGGAGACACUGCCAAUGGCCAAGAGAUUAGACUUUAAAAUGACCAAUAAUAUGGUAGAGUACAAAGCAUGUUUAUUUGUAAUAGAAGUGGUCGUGGUGGCAGGAGCUAAGCAUUUGAUGGUUUACAAGGAUUCUAUGCUGGUAAUCCAACAAGCCCUCGAGGAAUGGAAAGUAAACGAAGAGAGGUUGAGGCCGUACGUUAAUUAUCUCAAAACUUUAGUAUGGAACUUCUCAAAGUGUUCCUUUGUACACUUGCCUCAGGAUGAGAAUCAGAUGGCGGAUGCAUUAGCUACUUUGUUGUCUAUGUGGGUCAAUCUCUCGUGGUUAUUAAUGAAGCCCUUAAUGAUCAUGAAAUUAGGUGCACCUUGUUAUCAAGGGGAUCAUACAAUGCAAGUUCAGAUAGGACUAGAAGAGAAGCCAUGGUUCUACGAUCUGAAGAAGUUCAUAGAAAGCAGGGAGUAUCCAGAAGAAGCAACAGUCAAGGAAAGAUACGCGCUGCGGAUCCAAGCUAGAAAUUACAUUAGCCACGAGGAAGUCCUAUAUAGAAGAAUGGUGUCAGGUGUACAGCUCCGAUGUGUGACUAAAGCAGAAGCUCAAGUAAUGAUGGAGAAAAUGCAUAAAGGAGUAUGCGGGCCUCAUAUGCACAACAUAUCAUUAAAUAGGAAGAUCAUGCGGCAAGGUUAUUACUGGUUAAUAAUGGAGAAGGAUUGCAUAGCACUAAUGAGGAGAUGUCGAGAAUGCCAGUUGUAUAGUGACUUGAGUCUCGUUUUUCCAAUCGAGCUGCACAACUUGAUGUCUCCUUAG